AUGGUGAUCAACUACAGCAAGUGGGACGCCCUCGAGCUCUCCGACGACAGCGACAUCGAAGUGCACCCAAACGUCGACAAGAAGUCCUUCAUUCGCGCAAAGCAGGCACAGAUACACCAGGAGCGCGACCACCGCCGACACCAGAUCAAGACACUCAAGUACGAGCGCAUCAUCAACGACGGCCUCACCGAACGCAUCGACCGCCUGCUCACAGCCUUGAAGUCGCACAAGUCGAAGCUAGCAGACGGCGCAAAUGAAGACCAGCUGGUCUUCCAGGCGAUGAUGGAGAGCAUGCUGGACAUGAAGGAGAACGCACCGCCGCCGCCACCAGAGGGCGUACAUGAGCACAUCAAGGACAAGCCCACAUAUCCGCAGAUGAUGGCCAGCAUGGUCGACAUUGUGAAGAAGGAGAUCGACGCAAGCAAGAGCACAGACUCGAGGUACGACCAGUUUAUCGCAGGCCUGCACAAGGAGAAGGAGCGGGUGGAGGACCUACAGAAGCAACUGCUUGCCAAGCUGGCAGAGCUCGAGAAGGAGGACAAACGCCACAUCACAAGCGACGACAUCAAGGACGGCUUCAGUCACUCAUCCGUUAUGAAGGCCGACCAGAAGAAACCCGCCUCGACACCGUCCUCCUCCACAUCAAGAACAGAGACCGUCGAGCUCUUGAACGCCCCCAAACGCCCCGAAGCCACACGCACCGACACAGGCGACUCGGGCGCAGACGCAGACAUUGAAGAGGGCACCGCUGCCCACGACGACGACGACAACGACGACGACGUCGAGGCAUCGCCUCUCGCCAAGAAGUUUGCCGCCAUAAAAGCCGGCGACUGGUACGCGUGUCUCCAGUUCUUGAUGCAGCACUCCGAGAUCCUCAAAGAAUCCGAAACCGACGGCCUCCUCGUCGAAGCCUUCAACUCGGAACUCGAUGGCAAGCCCAAGCACGCAAGACAGUGUGUCCACCAAGGUCUCCUGCUGCAAUACUGCAGGCAACUCGGCGGGCGACAAGGCGUGGAGCUCUUCUUCAAGCGGAUACAGAGCAAAGACCACCAGGCAAGCAAGAUGUUCAACGACGACGUAGACAGCACGUACCACCGCAUCCGCACGCGCGCUGCAGAGAUACUGAAAGAGCGCGCCGAGAACCCCGCGGGCGCCGAGGGCGUCGAGCAGAUCCAGCUUCACGCCGUCGACCCAGGUACCACGAUCAACAUUCAGGUGCCGCCGGAGAAGUCGACGGCCGAAGACCCGCAGGAGCGCGAGAUGGAAAUCAUGGCGCGCGGCAUCUUCGAGACAUUCCCACCGGGUCUGCAGCGGGCGCUCGAGACGGGCAAAUUGGAUGAAAUCAACAAGGUGCUGGCCAAGAUGAGUGUCGAGGAGGCAGAGGAGGUGGUGGAGAAGCUGGGUGAAGGCGGCAUGUUGAGUGUCGAGCAGGGCGUCAUCGACGCGACGACUGAGGAGGGCCAGAAGACGUUUGAGGAGAUUGAGAGGAGUAGGAAGAUGCCCGGGCAGGAGUAA